AUGGUCAAUGUAUUGUGUGAACCCCACAAGGUCAGAUGCCGUUUGCCACUUACCUUCGGCUCCUCUGCUCUGUCUUCCCCUCCCCCCUCCCCGCCCCCCCCAACAGCAGACCCCUCGAAGGAGAAACUCCGGCGCCUGCAGUGCCACUUCACCUGGGACUUCGAGAUCAAGGACAAGGUGGAUGUCAGGCACACCCUUGGGACCCUGGCUCUCCGCCUGGAGCACGGCCCGUCCCGUAACCAGGCCACCUACCUCGCCCUGAAGGCCUAUCUGUGCCAUCUGGAGGGAAGUUCCAGAGAGGCCCUGGCCAUCCUGCGGGAGGCAAAGGAGGCCUUGCAGAGGGACCAUCCGGGCACCUUCUCCCGCCAGGUCCUGGUGACCUACGGGAACUACGCCUGGAUCUACUACCAGUUGACCGAUUACAACAGGGUGGAGCUCUACCUGGGCCAGAUCCGAGAGAUCUGCCGGGAUCUGUCCAGCCCCGACCCCUACUCGGCCCCAAUCCCAGAGAUCUACGCCCAGAAGGGCUGGUCCCUCUUGGCCAUGGGCUUCCGGAAUGGCGAGCUGGCCAAGCGGUGCUUCCAGAAGGCCCUCGAGCUGCAGGAGUCGAGCGAGGAGCUGCAGGAGGGCCUCGCCUUCUCCACCUUCGCUUCCUGGACCCACUCUUGGGAUGAAAAGGUGAAAAAGGAGGGCCAGAGGUUGCUGGAAGGGCUGAUCCGUAGCCAGCCGGAAAAUUAUGAAGCCAAAAUAUAUUUGGCGAACAUUCUUAAGGAAGACCAUGGAAGAGCAGUGAGCCUUGCGGACGAAGUGGUCCAGAACAGUCUCAACCCAGAACUCCUGAGGGCUGCCACCAAGGUUUAUAGGCCCUGCUCGUUGUUCCGCGCCAUUUCCACCUUGAAGACCAUCGCCCUCCACCAUGACCACCAUCUCCUCCACUAUGACCUUGGGAUCUAUUACAUGGAGCUCUUAGAUCAAGCAUCAAGAGAAGAGAGAGCCCAAAUCGUGGAGGAUGCCAUUGAGAGCUUCAGACGGUCUCUGGUAGCCAAUCCUCAAUCCAUAUAUGCCCGGCUGAAGCUGGCGAAAUUGUACGGAGAGAGGACCCCGCGUUACGAGGAAGAGGUCUACCUGGGCGUGAUGGAGCAGCUGCCAACGGCCAGCAGGAGGUGCCAGCAGGCCUUCUAUCUGCAAUGGGGGGAGUUCCUCCUCCACAAGAAGGGGCAGAGGCUGGAGGCCCUGAGGGCCUACCAGGCCUGCUGUGACAUCCCAGGGGACCACCCUAUGGAGCAGAAGCGGCUGGAGCAGCGCCUGAGAGAGCUGGCCGGGGUCUUCCAGCGAGAGGGGGAGACGGAGCACGAGGGAGCCGUCUGCAGCCUGCUGCGCGCCUUGGCAGAGAAGCAUCUUGGGGGCAGGGUGGGGGAAGCUCCUAGUUGAAAUGAAGGCCGGGCACCGCCCCCACGGGACCCUCCGCAGGAGUCCGCAGGGAAUAUCGGGGUCCCAGCCCCGCGCUGCUCCUUCCUGUUAGUUGCUGGAAAGCCAAAUAAAGUUUUCUGCAGUUGCC